AUGAAUGAGCUCACCAUUUCGGAUUCCAACAGCGGCAAACAAGUUCAUCCGUAUCGAUGGGGUGUUAUUUCUGGAUGUGGACUAACAGUCGCUUGUGUGACGUACACGCUAUCGGCAUUUAUUGCUCCAGCCUUCCGGCGUGUCUGCCUACCGUUUGUUCCAGCUACGCCUGUUCAGCUGGAUAAUAUUGCAAAAAUUCUACUUGCCCAACGUAAGUCAGCCUGUAGCUCCACUUUGGGCCCCAUAGUGGAUUUGGGCAGCGGUGAUGGACGUGUGUUGAUCAACCUCAUGCAACGUAAAGACCUGGGUUUUACCCGGGGAGUUGGGGUUGAAUUGAACCGUCCGCUGAUCUGGUAUUCCCGUUGGAAUGCUUAUCGUGCGGGUAUGGGCCGCCCAUUGCUGAAAUUUCGUUGUUGUGACAUGUGGAAAGUAGAUUUAUCGGAGUUUCAAACUGUUGUCGUGUUCGGUGUAGAUUCAAUGAUGGGUGAACUGGAAAACAAGCUGCGACAGGAGCUGAAACCCAAUACCUUUGUGGUCGCCAGCCGUUUCCCGCUGCCAUCUUUGCCUUGCGCGGACUCAAUCGAGGCCGGUCCCGAUUCUGUGUAUUUUUAUCGCUUCUGAUUUCCCGGUGAUCACAAAAAACUAAAAUCUACCCAACACUCCAGCCCAUAGAAACUUUUAUUGAGCACACAUGUACUUUUUCUCAUUUUUUGAAUAUAAGGUGUGCACCUGUGAC